AUGAAUAACGGCGCCCCGAUCAAAGCCUUAUCGAAAGGCAAGGUUAAAGAGCUUAAUGGGCUGGUCGAGGAACUGAUGCAGCAUGGGUUCCGGGAGGCAAACACGACCGAUGAGCUGCUUGCCCAGCACCGGAACAUGACCAGCGUGCUGGACCGUAUCCGGCGCAUCGAACCGAAGCUACGCACCACAAACGGUCGGUCGAGGAUGGAAAAUGUUGACCACUUCACACGGUGGGCGAUCGAGCAGGGCUGUCAGGUGGAGAACGUACGUAUCGCCGAACAGACCGAGUACGGUGGGCUUGGGUUAGAAUCGACCGGGGAUAUUCCAGCUGACGACAGAAUCAUCACCGUACCGCGAAGUUUGUUUUUCUACGUCACGAACGAACCACGCUACCGGAAGCUGCUCGAACUGAUGCCGGGCGCAAUGAUGAGCGAACAGGGUAACAUUAUGCUUGCGCUUGCCCUCGUUAUGGAACGGUUCCGGGCGAAAAGCUUCUGGAAACCGUACCUGGACCUGUUGCCCGAUCGCUACACGACACCGCUGUACUAUUCGACGGAGGAUAUGGAAGAGCUGGCCGAGACGGAUGCGUUUCUGCCGGCAUUGAAGCUGUGCAAACACAUUGCCCGACAGUACGGAUUCAUCCGGAAGUUCAUGCAGGAGAAGGUGGACGAUCUGCGGGACUGUUUUACCUACGACGUAUUCCGGUGA